AUGAUUGCUCGUAGAUUGUUCAAGAGAAGUUUAUAUUAUAUUCCUAGAGCUGGAUUUGGCGGUGGUGAUAUUAGACAUAAAUUCAGUAAUGAAAUUACUGAUGAUGAUUAUGAUUAUUAAAGAGCUAUGCACGUUAAGCCUCCCAAAGAAGAAAGUCUUUUUUAACUCACUAACAUCUUAUCUAGUGUUCCUGUCUUCAAGACCCGCUUCUUCUUAGACUUUAUCGCAAGAAAUUUAGAUACAAACAGUGCAGUAAGCACUUCUGAUUUUGUUGCUCCUCCUAGAGUCCAUGAAAAUAGCUUUUUUGUUUAUCACUCCAGAGAACUUGGCAACGUUAUUCGUAAAUACAGAUCUCUCGAAUCAAUCGUUUUACCAGGUGCUCUUCUCACCUUUACUUAUCCUUUAUUUGCUGCUUUUGUUGCAAUCCCUUCCUACUAUUUCAUGUUCAAUGCUAAAAUCUAUGAAAUGUCCAGAAGAUUUGUUGUCAGAAUGGAUGUCCUCCCUCACCUUGAAAUGAUCAGUGUCUAAAGAAUUGGUGCCUUCGGUAUUCUUUAUACUAAGCUUCAUAGAAUUCAAGACCUUGAAUACGUUCCUUUUGAUUAAGUUAAAGAAUAAGAAAAUUACUUAUGGGCUAUUGGUGGUCACGGUGUUGAUAAUUAGUUAAUUUUUAAAGAUAGAUCUACUGGUGAAUUCUUUUAUUUCGAAAGAUAGGGUGUCUGGGAUGCUAAAGGUCUUAAUCAUCCUCUUCUUAACUGA